AUGGGGGAUAUUUUUAUUUGUGUGUAUUUAUUUGUGUGUUCCAGUUCCCCUCCAAACAUGGUGAUGGUUGCUGGCGAGAUCACCACCCAGACGAAGAUCGAUUACGAGAAGGUGGUGCGCGGGGUGGUGGCCAAGAUCGGGUUCGACUCGUUCGUGGACGACCUCUCCAGCGUGGACAGCAAGGGCCUCAGCGACAAGACCUGCGAGGUUCUGGUGCGCAUCAACAAGCAGAGCCCUGACAUUGCGGGAGGUGUGCACGUCGGGAAAGAGGACCUGGACGUGGGGGCCGGUGAUCAGGGUAUCAUGUUCGGCUACGCCACCGACGAGACGGAGGACUGCAUGCCUCUGACCCACUCCGUGGCCACGAAGCUGGGCAAGACCCUCACGGACGUGCGCAAGAGCGGGGAGCUCUGGUGGCUGCGCCCGGACGGCAAGACGCAGGUCACGAUUGAGUACUUGCAGAAGGCCGACGGCUCCGUGGAGCCCCAGAAGUUCCACACGGUGGUCAUCUCGACGCAGCACGCGGAGCCCUCCAAGGCCCAGCGCACGAAGGAGUGCGCCGGCUACACGGGCCCUGAGAUGACCGCGCCCAGCAUGGAGGAGAUGAACAAGCUGAUCACGGAGAGGGUGGUGAAGAAGACACUCUCCGAGAUCAAGCUGAAAAACGGACAGCCCGCCAUAUCCUUGUUCGGCGGCCUUCACGCACAUGCACAUCAACCCGUCCGGCAAGUUCAUCAUCGGCGGCCCCCAGGGCGACGCUGGCCUGACCGGCCGCGAGAUCAUCAUCGACACCUGCGGCGGCUGGAGGUGCCCACGGCGGCGGCGCGUUCUCCGGGAAGGACCCCACGAAGGUGGACCGGUCCGCCGCGUACAUCUGCCGGCAGAUGGCCAAUCUGUGGUCAAGAGCGGCCUCUGCAAGCGCGCGUUGGUGCAGCUCUCCUACGCCAUCGGCGUCGCCAAGCCGCUCUCCCUCUUCCUGGAGACCUACGGAACCGAGCAGGGCGCCCUGAGCGCCGAGGACAUUACCAACGUGCUGAAGAUCGAGUUCGACUGCCGCCCCGGCGCCAUCGCCAUGUCUCUUGCGCUCCGUGA